AUCAGCCAUCCUGACUUUGCACCAAGGGCUGGCUUUUGUUGUGAACCGGGGAGGUUCAUUGACGCGAUCAACAUUGAUCCGUGGAAGAAUGCUGUCAUGCUAAAUAUUGGCGAAAAGUACGGUUCGAGAAUAAUCUACAAAUUU